GAUCUCUCCAUUCUCAUUGGUUGUUUGACGACAUUGAUUUGUGAUUGACGGUUGGCUCAAGGACAGAAAUUGGGUGCAGGUAAAGUUGGACAAACAGACUUUCCUGCUGCAUUUCAACCAUUGUGGAAGCGUUCAUUGAUGAGGAACAGCGAUGCAGAGGGAUGUGCUGUUUGGAGCAAAGUGCACCGAAUAUAUCAGUAAAUCUUCGGAGUAAAACUAGUGUAUGCCACCUUUUCCUGUGUUUCUCUGGAUGGAUCCCGGACACGCCUCCCCUCCUUCAUCCGUGGUGGCGGGCCCUUCCUCACUAUGGCGGCUGGCUGAGAGGAGGAGCAGGAAGGCUGGCUCGGCGAACAUUUUCAGCAACGUGAAUCUCUGGCAGCUCCAGAGACUGUUCAGGGCAGCGGGCGAUCAGGAUGCGGAACAGAGAGCCCAGCUGGUUUGGGGUCACAGAGAUGAGGCUGAACUGGCUCAGGCUUUGAUAGGACUGAGGGGCCGAGGUCACAGGAGAGGGCUGAGGGCUAACGGGAGAGAGGCACUGGGCUCACACUGGCUACGAGCCUUCAAUCACCUCAGAAUCGGGGAGAGCUCUUCAAGCAGCCAGGGGAAGGAUGCCGGGGAGGAGAGUGAUCCUGAGACAGGAGCACACAGCAGUCCAGAGCCACGCCGGCGCACCUCCGUAGGGACAACAGGAAGAGGUACAGGGGCCACAGUGGUACUAACUGAGAGCCAGGGCCAUGCGGGGACUUCUGAGAGAGCACUUAGAAGCAGCUCAGGAAUGAGGAGAGGAGGAGAGAACAACCCAGAGAGAUACCUCCACAGAAUAGUCCACUGACUUGACCAAAACCACUGAGAUGCAGAACUGACUUUGAGUCUGUGAGAGCACUUCAGUCUGCACAGCCUAAUCGUUUCUCCUGAAAACACAUCUCAUGUGUUCGCAAAUUGGAGCUAGGUUGAAUUAACUUCUGGGAAAGGCAACAGUUACAACGACAGUAUAUUGUAGGUUGAAAGAAUUUAAUAUUUUCUCAUAAUGCCAUAAUGUCUGGCCUUCUCAUUGAAAUGAUCAGAUGGCUGUAUACCCAUACUGCACUGUUACUUGUUGCAGACACAUCUCCAUCUGGAUACUGAAGGUAGCACAAACCUCUGACUGGCCCCUGGUUUCUCACAACUUUAUAUUGAGGUUACCUCUCAACAACAGCCUUAUGUCUUUUCCUAAAUUCAUCCCAACACUUACACUAACCAUGCAUACUGAUACAGUGGAUGUGAACAAGUUAUUAAUUAUGAUCACUGUAUGGCAAAUAAGUCCCUUUAAAAAAUGAUUAAAGUGACUAGUAUUAAUAUUCUAAUAUAUGGCUGCACUGUGGAUGAACUUAGAGUUAUAUCCACCUCCUGUACCACAAAAAGCCAUAUAUGUAGAUACGUGUAGUUUAAGCCACUAAGUUUAUUUUUGUGGUUACACAACACUAUGAAAUGGGAAGAGUGCAAUGGGUGGAAUGUCGGUGUCAUGAGAUGUAGAAAUGCAUAUCCAUAUACUGCACAUUCAGAGAUGUUGACUCAAACUUAAUGAUUCAACACAUAAGAGUAACCUCUGCCAGUCACUGGUUUGAAAGUGAAGUAAAGACAAACUUAAAAAAAGUAAUGUUCUCAUAUUAAAAUGUUUAUUAUCACAGUGUGAAAACCAACUUUGCCUAUGAUAAGACUUUCAAUGUCACUAACCUUGAUUACGCCUUUGGAUAAUACUGUUAUAUUGUGUAAUGUUUAGAUUUCUGGUAAUAAAGAAGUGAGUCUUUGUA